UUUUUUUUUUUUUUUUUACACUUCCACGCCGGCUCAGUCAUAGGUUCAGCAAGAGGAAAAAAUGUACACACGACCGGCAAGUCAAAAGACACGACAAAGGGCGCGGUAAACCGACCAGGGGCCUUGCACACAUCACCACAUCAGAACCAGGCGGAUCCUUUUUUUCGUCCCACAUUUAACCUGGAAACUCGAAGCAACCGGGCUAACUCUGGCAAUGGCGGAAGAGGGUGGUCCUACGUGUAAGAAAGGGAUCCAGUUAUUUUUUCACCCCUCCUACGUAAUGCGCCUGGUGCCAUUUGUUUGGGCGACUCUUUGCGUUGAUCGUAGUCGUCCCGUUCUUGACACUACCUUAUUUAUACUUAUUCGUCGAUGUCGUUCUCUCAUCUUCGGGACAGGGUCGGAUGAGUUAAGUGAGAUUUGUUUGACUGACUUGAGAUACCAUUAUCUGCAGACAUGAAGCACCGCGAGGGCCGGAAACCUCUGACUGUGGUGCUGAAGCUCGGCACCAGCUCUAUCGUGGACGAGAAGACACAUCAGCCGUUGCUUUCCAUCCUAAGUCUCAUCGUUGAGACGGCUGUGAAGUUGAGAAAAGAUGGCCAUAGGGUGGUCAUUGUCUCAUCUGGCGCCAUCGGCGUCGGUCUCCUUCGGAUGGAAAUGGACAGACGGCCAAAGCACUUGUCAACAUUACAGGCGUUAGCGGCUAUCGGUCAAUGUAGACUCAUCAGCCUGUGGGACGAUCUGUUUGGCCACUUCAGACAACCCGUCGCCCAAAUUCUGCUCACCAGGAACGACAUUGCAGACCGGACACGGUACCUCAAUGCCCAAAACACGUUCAACGAGCUCCUCGACAUGGGCGUCAUCCCCAUCGUCAACGAGAACGACACGCUAGCCGUCUCGGAAAUCAAGUUUGGCGACAACGACACCCUCUCCGCCAUCGCCGCGGGUAUGGUCCACGCAGACAUGCUGUUCCUCAUGACGGACGUGGACUGCCUCUACGACAAGAACCCCAGAGCGCACCCCGACGCCCAGGCGAUCGAGGUGGUUGAGGACAUUUCAAGUAUCCAAGCAGAUGUCUCAACAGCAGGCUCCGCCCUCGGCACCGGUGGCAUGAUGACCAAAAUCGUCGCCGCAAGGCUAGCAACCCAAGCAGGCGUGACAACCGUCAUAACCCGAUCUUCCAACCCGGGCAACAUCGUCAAGAUCGUCCGCUACGUCCAAGCCCAGCAAAAGUACUCCUCCUCCUCUUCCUCCCCGCACCUCCACGCCGCCCCAGACGGCGAGGACCCCGAUAACCACCACGACUCCCACGACCACGACCACACCGAAGACCCGCUCGCGCAGUCGACGGCCUCCCUCCACAUAGACCAAGCCGUCGAGAAGCCCCCGCUACAUACCCGCUUCCUCCCCUCCGCAGACCCCAUCCGCGACCGCCACUUCUGGCUCAUCCACGGCCUUAAGCCCAACGGCACGCUCUACAUCGACGCCGGCGCCCACAGCGCCCUCCUCCGCAAAGCGGGUCUCCUCCCCGCGGGCGUUCUCGACGUCGAGGGCAACUUUGCGCAACAGGAGGCCGUCCGCCUCGUCGUCGUGGACCGCCUCCACGCGCCCAGCACCACCGGGAAGCUGUGGGGCGGCACGCCCGUCGAGGUCGGCCGCGCGCUCGUCAACUACGCCGCGCCGGAAAUCAUGCGCAUCAGGGGCCACCAGAGCUCCGAUAUUGGUGGCCUGCUGGGGUACGCUGAUAGCGAGUACGUGGCGGAGAGGCAGCACAUUCGCAUUUUUGACCGGGAGAGCCGGCCGGUGACGCCGAGCAUUGAGAAGGUCAAGGAGCAGGUCGUCGAGGAGGUGAUUUCGGGUAUCACGGGGUAUGAGCAGAAGACAUAG